AUCCGAAACCCAAAAUUCCUCAGGUAGGCUAAACGUGUGACCUCGUCUUUUCGACCAGAGUCGUCACAAAAUGGGCGACCUGUUCGACAUCGCGAAUCUCAUCACGGCUGUGGGGGUGGACGCGGUGAAAAUAAAACCGGAGCCUGGACUGCCGGAAAAAUCAUCUAACGAGAUUCUCACAGAGUUGUUUAGUACAUUUGAAGUUCCUGACGACGACGACGACGACGACGACGACAACAACAACAACGACAACAACGACGACGACAACGAGGAUGAGGAUCAGGAUGAUGCCGAGGCGUCGAGCAGCAGCGAUCAAGCCAAGAAGGAGAAGAAAGAGGGCAAGGAUGAGGAGCCUGCGAAAGUAAAAGUCAAGGUUGAGAAGGAGAACGAUGAAAAGUCGGAAAGUAAAAAGAAGAAGAAAAAGAAACACAAGCACAAGAGCGAGAGCAAGGAUGCUGAGAAGAAGCACAAGCAUAAGAAAAAGUCGAGGCACAAUUCGCCCGAAGGUGCUAGUGAUUCUGAAAAUUCAGGUUCCAAAAAGAAAAAAAAGAAAAAGAAAUCCAAACGCAGACACGAUUCUGAAUCUAGACCCACUGACUUGGAUGAACCUAGUGCAAAGGUCAAAAAAUUGGAUGAUGAUGCAAAAGAUAAAUUACAAAGUAAUGCCGAUAAAAAAGAAAAAUCAAAACUUGAAAAUUCGGAAAAAAUAAAAAUCAAAAAAGAAAAAGUGGAUUCUCACGAUAAACCAAAAGAUCCUGACAAAAAAGAAAAUACUCCUGAUCUUCCACCAAUUUCCAAAAUAUUGAAUGAUGAUGUAGAAGCCCCAGAAGUACCAAAGUUACUUGAAAAAUCCAAAAAUCCUCCAGCCUGCAAAAUCUUGAUAAAAGAUCUUAAAAACAGCGAGGUGUAUAAUAACACAGUUAAAGAAGUUGAAAAUAAAAAGAAAGAAAAAGAAGAGCGCAUGGAGGAUGGCGAAAUAUCAGACAGCGAUGAAGACGAAGCGCGAGCGUUAGACUUUUGUAAAAAUUUAUCACGAUCUGAAGCAAUGGGUGAAUUAUCUAGUAUAUCCUCAGGAGAUGAGAGUGAUACAGAAAAAGGUUUUCAUCAUCCUUUUCUCCUUAAGGAACGCCCAAGUUCAAUCAUUAUGAAUAUUAAGGAUUCGAAACAGCUGCCUAAUAAAACUCUUUUAGAAAAGACAACAGAUGCACAUAGUCAAUUACGCAUACAAUAUCCAGUUUCUAGUGGACAACAGCACAGGAAAAACGAAAACGAAUGGGUUCCAGUUCCUCCAAAACCACUAAAGUCUAAGAACUCAAAAGCUGAACCGAAAAAAUUAUUUGUUCCGGCUAAAGAAAUUUUACAAAAUGUUCCUCUUCCUCUGGUGGUUCCAUCUUUACAAGCACAGCAAGCCCUUCAAGCACUACCACCUGUCCCAUCAAUGUUACCUGUGCAGCAAUCAAUGUUACCUGUACAACCAAUGUUACCUGUACAACCGGUGUUACCUGUGCUACCACCUAUUAUGCCACCUGAUGAAGAAGCGGAUGCCUAUCAACCACCUCCACCUGGUGAUACAGAUUACGUAGAACAGCCAAUUACUCCAAUACCUUCAGUUCCACUAGAAAACAAUCAACAGUCUAUCUUUCCUAUUCCUGAACCCAAUCAUAUUGAUAUUAGUGCAAUAGUAUCACAACGAUUAGCUGCCAUGAGAAAACUAUCAGAAAAUCCUCACGACGUUCAAGCCUUGAACGAAAUGUACAAGGCACAAUCAGGGAUGAAGUCAUGGGUUGAAAGUAAACAAGUCCCAGGUCAGUUUCUUGGUUCUACUGGAGCUAAAAUAAUGUCACAAGCCGAAUUAAACUCGGGUCACCAAGCUUGGGCGAAAAAGGAUCAACUACUGACAGCACAGCCAGUUUCAGGGGGCAUGGGGAUGGCAUUGCUGCAGAAAAUGGGUUGGAAACCUGGGGAGGGUUUAGGGAAAAACAAAGAGGGCACUUUGGAGCCCUUGCAGUUGGAGAUUAAACUUGACAAAAAGGGUUUAGUUUCUGACCAGGAUGUUAAUGCUCACAAAUUUGGAAAAGUACCCAAGUCCCAUGUACCUAACAUCAAAUCACUAGAAGGCAAACAUCCAGUCUCUUUAUUGGGAGAAUACUGUUCUAAACGUAAAUUUGGAGCACCAACAUACGAAUUAUGUUUUGAGUGCGGACCAGACCACAAAAAGAAUUUCCUGUUUAAGGUUCGAGUUAACGGAGUUGAAUACAAACCAAGUGUGGCAAGUCCAAACAAAAAGUUAGCCAAAGCAGAUGCUGCGCAAGUAUGUCUGCAAAGCAUUGGCAUAUUGCCACCAUAAACAGUUGAAAAAAAAACUAGAA